AUGCCUCCAUCAAUGAUCGUUGGUGAGGAAACAGAAGCCAGGAAGAAUACCGCCAUCAAGAUCUCACUCCGGCUUUUCCAACUCUCUGACGUCGAUAGCUUCAUGGAAUGGGCAGGCGACGAUGAAGUCACCCGUUACUGUAGAUGGGACACCUACACCUCGAAAGACGACGCCCUCAACUUACUCAAGGAUGUCAUCAGGUCCCACCCUUGGUACAGGGCCGUUUGCGUCGACGGCCGGCCGAUUGGAUCCAUCUACGUCAUGCCGGGGACGGGCAAAGAUGAACGCAGAGGAGAGAUUGGAUACGCUUUUGGGGUGAAGCACUGGGGCCAAGGGAUUGCGACAAUGGCGGUGAAGCUGGUCAUGUCAACAGUGUUUGAGGAGAUGCCAUAUUUGGAGAGGGUGGAAGGGUUGGUUUUUGCAGAGAACGUAGCGUCUCAGAGGGUGCUGGAGAAAGCUGGGUUCGUUAGAGAUGGUCUUCUCAGAAAAUAUUUCUUUGUCAAGGGCAAGAGCAGGGACAUCGUCGUAUACAGCGUUGUUCCCGGUGAACCAUCUAUAGAAAGUUGA